UCCGGAGGCGGCUCCAUGCCGGGUUUUCCCGGCGCUGCUCACGCCCCUCCCGCCGCCCCGCGCGCGCUGGACGCAGCGCACCCACGCGCAGGGCGCAGAUCCCUCCGCGCUGCCGCAUCCCGCCUCAGCCCACGCAGGAGAGCGGCGGCGCGCGGGGCCGAGAAAAUAGGAAAAAUGCAGAUCUUCGUCAAGACCCUGACUGGCAAAACUAUCACCCUUGAGGUGGAGCCCAGUGACACCAUUGAGAAUGUCAAGGCCAAGAUCCAGGACAAGGAGGGCAUUCCCCCAGAUCAGCAGAGGCUGAUCUUCGCUGGGAAGCAGCUGGAAGAUGGUCGCACUCUGUCUGACUACAACAUCCAGAAGGAGUCCACUCUGCACUUAGUGCUGCGCCUCAGAGGUGGGAUGCAGAUCUUUGUGAAGACCCUGACUGGCAAGACCAUCACCCUGGAAGUGGAGCCCAGUGACACCAUUGAGAACGUCAAGGCCAAGAUCCAGGACAAGGAAGGCAUUCCACCUGACCAACAGAGGCUGAUCUUUGCUGGGAAGCAGCUGGAAGAUGGUCGUACCCUGUCCGACUACAACAUCCAGAAGGAGUCCACCCUGCACCUUGUCCUGCGCCUGAGGGGUGGUAACUGAACCAGCAGGUUGUUGCAUCCAAAUAAAAAGUUUCUCUGCACUUGUUCACUCCAAUAAAGCUGUUGCAUCCACAAAAA